GGGGCCCCGGGGCCGCGCGAGCCCGCCUCCCCCUGCUCUGCCUCUACCUGGUGGGCUUCCUGGAUUUGUUUGGUGUCAGCAUGGUUGUCCCUUUACUGAGCCUUCACAUCAGGUCUCUUGGAGCAAGUCCGACCGUUGCUGGAGUUGUAGUUGUGACCCCACUAACCCAGCUCGGUGGCGGGCUGGCCGACGCACUGACCUGUUGGUGUUUUGCAGGCUCCUCCUACGGCGUCCUGCAGCUCUUCUCUAGCACACUGGUGGGCUGCUGGAGCGACGUGGCCGGGAGGCGGCUGUCCUUGCUGGUGUGCAUCCUCUGCAGCGCCCUGGGCUACCUGGUUCUCGGAGCGUCCACCAACGUGUUCCUGUUCGUCCUCGCCAGAGUCCUUGUGGGUAUUUUUAAGCAUACACUCUCCCUCUCAAGGGCUCUGCUGUCUGACCUGGUUCCCGAGAAGGAGCGGCCCGUAGCCAUCGGACAGUUAAACAUGGCGUCUAGUGUGGGCUUCAUCGUGGGCCCCGUGGUCGGUGGCUAUCUCAGUGAGCUGGACGGUGGAUUUUAUCUAGCAUGUUUCAUCUGUUUCUCUGUCUUCAUUCUCAAUGCUGGUCUCGUUUGGCUGUUUCCUUGGAGUGAAGUAGAAGUCAGCCUGCCAUUGGAUGAGAACCACGCACCUUUGGGGAAGACCCACUGUGCCGGGCAGGAGGCAAGCGCCACCCCUGAGCGCGUGGUGGGAGAGAAGACGCGCCGGCCGCCCUGGAUGGAAGUCAUGUCCACACUGCGGGCCAUGCAGAGCCUGGCGCUUUCGGAAAUGUGGGACAUCUUUCUGGUGCGCUUGCUGAUGGCCAUGGCGGCCAUGCUGUACUACAGCAACUUCGGCCUGGGCCUGGAGGAGCGCUUUGGGGUGAGGCCCAAGGUGACGGGCUACCUCAUCAGCUACAGCAGCGCCCUGGGGGCCCUGGCUGGCGUGGUCAUGGGGCCCGUCAUGGGGGCGUACCGGCACGACUCCCACCGGGUGCUGCUGCACACCAGCACGCUCACCUGCCUGCUCCUGCUGCUCCACGGCGCGGCGCCGACCCUGGGAGUGGUGGUCUUCUCCUCCACGCUCCUGUCCCUCUCCACUGCCAUCGGCAGGGCCUGCAUCACGGACCUGCAGCUCACCGCGGGCGGGGCCCAGGCCAGGGGCACCCUCAUAGGCAUGGGGCAGUCCGUGACGGCAGUGGGCCGGGUCAUCGCCCCCCUCCUCUCUGGAGUUGCCCAGGAGGUCAGCCCGUGUGGCCCCCCCAGUCUGGGGGCUGCAUUGGCGUUGGCGGCUAUUUUCAUAAUGUCGCUGAACAGGCCUCGCUAUCGUGGCGAUGGAAGUGACAGGUUAAAAAGUGAAUAGAACGGAGUUGGACAACACAGAGAAGCGAAUCCGAGGUGUGUGACUGAGGGAAGGGCCAGGUGAGAGGUUUGGAAACGACGAUGUCCAAGCAGGCCGUCCAGGCCAGCCUGCAGCUCCGCGCUGGCCCCUGCGGGAUGGUCCGACGCGGAGUCUCGCCAGAGGGACGGUGUCACCGCACACCGGAGUCUGCUCUUCCGCGGGCCAGUGAGGGUCCAUGGGGCAGGAACGCAGCUGCCGGAGAGGAAAGUAGUGAUGGGAUAAGAACAUGUGCAAGAAGGGAGGAGACCCAGGCUUCCUUUCUAAUGCAGCGCUGGUCAGCGGGGAACAGGCUCCAUUUCAGCUGGAAGUGAAGAGGGGCUUCUACUGUCGGAUCCUGGAGCCUGAAGAAGCCGGCCGGUCACUCUUGAGCCAUAGCGGGGUUCCGGGUGCUGUCCCCUGGGCCCGGGCACUGACCAGCUUCACCCCCAGGCUGAUUUUGUGGGCAGGGGGCCCAGACAUGCACAGUUUGGUGAGCACCACUUGCGUUUCUUGUGGCGGCACAACGGUCCCUCUGGGACUUACUGGUUUUGAUUGGAGUGAAACCCAGAGGGAGACGGGCUGUUUUUAUUAGCAGCUUUGCCCAGCUCCCAGCGUUGUACCCAUAACACUGUCUGCAGACUCGGAGUGUCCGUGUCAGGCCUUCCCGGAGCGGCUCAGCUCUUCAUCUUACUACACCUGUGAACGAAGAGCUGCGUCGGUCCAGGGACAUGACUUGGCGUGCCUUUCCUGGGCGAGACUGAUCCGCCAUCCCAAGAUCCGUGCCCAAGGGGGGAGGGGCCAGAGCGGGGCUGGCACGGGCUCGCAGAGGGCACCUGGAAGGCACUUCCUGACGAUUUGGGCGACAUGAGUUAUUAGGAAAAAUCAUUCAGGAGCCCCCUCUCUUCCUCACACGAACUAGUGCACAUUCCCAAGUGCACAUUCCCGUCAACCUCAGUCCACUGCGGUAUCGGUCCUGCUUGUACCCAGCACACACAGAUUUGUAAAUAAUAUUUUAACACUAUUUGUUUAAUAACUAUUGCUUAUAUGUAAAUUUCUGAGAAUAUUUCUGUGGAUUUAGAACUUGGAUAUGGGCUAAACUCAAAUAUUUGUGAUAAAGAAUCAAUUAGAAAUUUGAAGAUUCUCCUCUCUACAAGAAAAACAGAAACUUUUUAUUAACUGUUGUACUUCUGAAGUUUUAUGCAAGUGCUCAGUGCCUUUGAGGGGACAGAACCACAGUAAAAAUGGCCUCGGCCUAGGCGUGGAGCAGCUCAUGGGAGGCUGGGCCUGAAGGGUCGGGAAUGACCAGGGUCCCUGUGACGAGGGAAUUUCUCUAAGGGGUCUUCUCUUCACCCAGAAGUAGACACGCUUCUUAGAAGCUCCGAAAUAUAGACUAGUUUUUAUUUUUUAAAUCAGCACUUUAUUUUUAAAGUUAAAGCCUGUACACUUAAUGAGGCUCUACAGUUGAUCAGAUAAUGGAGAUACUGAAAACCAAGAAUGACCGUAGGGAGCAGAAAAACACUGCACUGGUGACAGCGUAUUUUGUUCAUGUGAUUGUUUUUGGAUAACUAUUUUUUUUACAGCUUCUCGUCAAUAGUCAGGUGUGUUGCUGCCAUGGAGGGUGUGUCCUGGGUUGGCAGUGGGUGGGUGUCCCUGGAACAGACACGCCCCCUCAGGCCUGCUGGGGCCCCUUUUCAGGAGAUGCUGCCCCACUCUGCUGGAAGGGACAGUAUUUGUAUAAUUUAUGGAAUAUGACCUCAGGGAAAUUAA